AGUAGUCAAAGAAUUAAAUAGUUGUUUUUAUAGUUUAUGACAGUUUUUUAAUCUACUAGCAAUAUGAUCAAUACUGGAAAACUUGCUGGUCGUACUAUUUUUAUUACUGGAGCAUCACGAGGAAUUGGAAAAAGUAUAGCUUUAAAAGCUGCAAAGGAUGGAGCAAAUGUUGUCAUUGCAGCUAAAACUGCAGACCCACAUCCAAAAUUACCAGGCACUAUAUAUAGUGCUGCGAAAGAAAUUGAACAAAUGGGUGGAAAAGCAUUACCCUGUGUUGUAGAUGUAAGAGAUGAAACACAAGUAGUUUCUGCAGUAGAGAAUGCUGUUAACAAAUUUGGUGGUAUUGAUAUUGUUAUUAAUAAUGCAAGUGCUAUUUCUUUAACAGGAACAGCAUCUACAGAUAUGAAAAAAUAUGAUCUCAUGAAUAAUAUUAAUACUAGAGGAACAUUUCUAGUGUCUAAAACCUGCUUACCUUAUUUAAAGAAAAGCAAAAAUCCUCAUAUAGUAAAUAUAAGUCCACCAUUGAGUACGAAUCCAAUAUGGUUCAAAAAUCACGUUGCAUAUACAAUGUCUAAAUUUGGAAUGUCAAUGUGUGUUCUUGGAAUGGCUGAGGAAUUUAAGGAAGAUGGUAUUGCUGUAAAUGCUGUGUGGCCAAAAACUGCUAUUCAUACUGCUGCAAUUGAAAUGUUAUCUGGUCCUGAUUCAAGAAAUUAUAGUCGUAAACCAGAAAUAAUGGGGGAUGCUGUGUAUGCUUUAAUUUGCAAAGAUAGUAAAUUCAUCACUGGACAAUUUUUAAUUGAUGAAGAAAUCUUAAAAAAUGAAGGAAUCACUGAUUUCACUGAUUAUGCAUGUAAUCCAGCAAAUAAAGAUAAAUUGAUGCUUGACUUCUUCUUAGAAGAAAAUUUGCCAGAGCUAGGUUUCCAAAAUCGUAUGAUACCUACUAACGCGCAGAACAGUGCACCUGCUGCACAAUCAAAUGAAAAAAUUCCGCAUAUAUUUAAUAUGAUUAAGGAGAAUUUAAAUAGUGAACUUGUUAACAAAACGGGGGCCAUCUUUCAGUUUAAUGUUAAAGGAGAUGAAGCUGGUAUAUGGUUCGUGGAUCUUAAAAAUGGUAAAGGUUCGGCAGGUAAAGGGGAGCCUAGUUAUCCACCAGACGCUACACUGACGAUGGAUUCUCAAAACUUUUUCGCAAUGUUUUCUGGAAAAUUGAAACCUGCAUCUGCAUUUAUGAUGGGAAAAUUAAAAAUUAACGGCGACCUUCAGAAAGCAAUGAAGUUGGAAAAAUUGAUGCACAGUUUAAAAUCUAAACUUUAA